GUUGCGUCUGAACGAAGAAGAAAGAAGAAGAGGCGCUCUUCAUUAGCAAGCUAGCUACAGCUGGGGACAUAAUCAUAAUGAGUUAUGCGGAGAAGCCGGAGGACAUAACAAGGGACGAGUGGAUGGAUAAACUCAACAAUGUUCACAUCCAGAGAGCUGAUAUGAAUAGGCUCAUUAUGAAUUACCUGGUUACAGAAGGAUUCAAGGAGGCAGCGGAGAAGUUCAGGAUGGAGUCUGGAAUAGAGCCUAGUGUUGACUUGGACUCUUUAGACGAAAGAAUUAAAAUCAGAGAGUUGAUAUUAAAGGGACAAAUCCAGGAUGCCAUCGCUCUAAUCAACAGUCUCCAUCCAGAACUGCUGGAUACGAACCGCUACCUUUACUUUCACCUGCAGCAGCAGCAUCUUAUUGAACUGAUUCGUUUGAGAGAGACGGAAGCUGCGCUGGAAUUUGCACAGUCGCAGUUAGCAGAGCAGGGGGAGGAAAGCCGAGAAUGCCUGACAGAGAUGGAGAGGACGUUGGCCCUGUUGGCGUUUGACAAUCCAGAAGAAUCCCCCUUUGGAGAUCUGCUCAAUAUGAUGCAGAGACAAAAGGUAUGGAGUGAAGUAAAUCAGUGUGUGCUCGACUAUGAAAACAGAGAGUCAACACCCAAGCUGGCCAAGCUCCUUAAGCUACUGCUGUGGGCUCAAAACGAACUCGACCAAAAAAAAGUGAAGUAUCCCAAAAUGACCGACCUCAGCAAGGGAACAAUUGAAGACCCAAAAUAAGGACUAAAAAUCUCCCACUGUGUUACAAAAAAAUGGACAUGUUUCAUUUAUCUAUUUAUAACCAGUGAAGCGGAAUCAUUUAGAGUCCAACCUUUUCUUUUUUGUAAGGGUUGCUUUUUGAUACCUUUAAUAACUCAGAAUGAGUGAGGAAACUGGAUUGAUUUCAUUGUAAAGCUUAUCUCACUAAAUUAACAUGCAGAUUUUUCUUUCUUUUGAUAUUAUGAUUUACGUAGUUGUUUAUGUAAGGCUAGUAUGGUUCAGUUACACUAGUUGUUUUUCUGUCUGUUGGCAGGGAAAGUUGUUGGUAAAGGAGGAUGUGAAUAAAGCCUAAAUUAGGCUGGUACUUUGUGCGAUCACUGAGGGGAGACAGCUUUUGAUCAGGGGAAAUCAUUUGCUCAGUGAGCACUGCUCAAAGAGAAAACAGAAAAAUAUACACACACCAACUGGUGGCAUUUAAGCUGGUACUUACAAGUGUGGGGAGGAGUCAAAACGGGUUAUUUGGGGAGUAAUUUAGGCUACUGUCAGUUUAAGAUAUUCAUGAUGCCGUAUUUGAGACGUUUAAAGAUGAGAACAACAAACAACUUUUCGAACUUAAAAGUUCUGAUAGAAGAAGGUAAGAUUACUGGAGUGAUAGAUAUUUUACAGCACGCAGUACUGUGAACAUGUAGCUGGAGAAAAGGUGAAUGUGAAUGGGUGUCUAUACUUAUGCACAUGGAAACACUUAAAUUGGUCUAUUUACAUUUGU